AUGGCGUCACCAGCUCUACAAGUCCCCAAUGGCUCUGACAACACCGCGCCACGUCCCUCGAUAAGCAGCUCGCAUUCGACUCCCUCAGUCGUCAUGAAUGGCCACUUCGCCGCCGUGGGCGAGAAGGCCACGCCCGAGCAGUACGAGCACGGCGUCCAGGUCAUCGACGAGAAUAAGGAAUUCAACUCGAGUCUCUCCAACUAUCUGGCCCUCGAAAAAGUCAUCCCCGCCGGCUUCAACUACCAUCUGAUCUCCGUCUUCGGUUCUCAGAGCACCGGCAAAUCGACCUUGCUCAACCACUUGUUCAAGACGUCCUUCGGCGUCAUGUCCGAAAACGAACGUCGCCAGACUACGAAGGGUAUCUGGAUGUCCAAGAACAAGCGCGUGGGGCAGGGUGACAAGUCUAUGGCCGACAACAUCCUAGUCAUGGACGUCGAGGGAACCGACGGCCGUGAGAGAGGCGAGGAUCAGGACUUUGAGCGGAAGAGCGCGCUGUUCGCCCUGGCAACGAGCGAGGUAUUGAUCGUCAACAUUUGGGAGCACCAAGUUGGCUUAUACCAGGGAGCCAACAUGGGUCUGCUGAAGACUGUUUUUGAAGUCAACCUGCAGCUGUUUGUCAAGGACAGCAAGACUACUCCACGCUCCCUUCUGUUCUUCGUUAUUCGCGACCACAUCGGCAACACCCCUCUGGCCAACCUAAGAAACACUCUCUUGCAAGACAUGCAGCGUAUCUGGUCGACACUGUCGAAACCUCAGGGUCUCGAGAACUCGAAGAUUGAGGACUACUUCGACUUCGCAUUCGCCACACUUCCGCACAAGAUUCUGCAGCCGGAGAAAUUCGUUGAGGAUGUGGAGAAGCUCAGCACACGCUUCCGGGAGGGCUACAAGGACCCUAAACUUGCGGGCCUGAUCGAUGAGGAAACUCACCCUGUUUUUCUGCCGGAGUACCACAGACGCAUCCCCGCCGACGGUUUCCCGACCUACGCGGAUGGCGUUUGGGAGUCAAUUGUCAACAACAAGGACCUGGACUUGCCAACCCAACAGGAGUUGCUCGCCCAGUUCAGGUGCGACGAAAUUUCACGAGAGGUGCUCGUCGAAUUUGACCAGAAGAUUACACCUUUGGAGGAGAAGCAGGCCGAGGGCGUCCGCUCCGGCAAGCCUUCUGUAAUUACCGGCCUCGGUGAAGCCAUGAACAGUGCCCGCGUCGCUGUCCUCAAGGAAUUUGAAACCAAGGCUUCACGGUACCACAAGGGCGUCUACACACUGAAGUCGAAGGAAUUGUCUGGCAAAAUUGACACUCGUCUCAAAGCAUUGUUUACCGGUCAAUUGACCGCGGCACACAAGUCCGGCGUCAAUGACUUUUCCGAAGCUGUCAGUGCAGCAGUCAAAUCGGGACAGAAGAAGGGCAACAACUAUGACUUUGCUGAAAUUGUGGCUUCCGAAAAGAACAAAGCUCUGUCCACGUUCGAGGAGCACGCAAAGGCUGUCGUGGUGGAUGGUGCGCCAUGGAGCGAGUACGACCAGGAGUUCGACUUGUACAAAAAGGACCUCGAUGAUGUGUCAGCACGCUUGCGUCAAGAAGAGAUGCGUAGGCUGGCUACUCGCGUCGAGCGGUGGGUGCGCUCCCGUUUGAACGAGUCGGUUGGUUUGGAAUUCAACAAACUGGGCUCGGGCCGUGGAGGUUCUGGUGCUCCGGCUGAAGGGGAGAAGCACACUGUAGCAACUGAAAAGGAGCUGUGGGACCGGAUAUGGGCAGUGUUCACUGAGACUGUCUCUCAAGCAGAGAAGCGUUUCACGGAACGCGCAGGCAGCUUCGAUGCAUCGCCAGAUGAGAUUGAGGUUGGCCUUUGGCGUUUACGACGGAAGAGCUGGGGCUGUCUGAGGGCGAAGCUCGAUGAGGAGAUGAUGGAGGGAAACCUCCUUCUCAAGCUGCGCGAGAAUUUCGAAGACAAGUUCCGUUACGACGAAACCGGAGUCCCUCGCAUUUGGCGUCCGACCGAUGAUAUUGAGGGCAUCUACACACGCGCCCGCGAAUCCACCCUCACUCUCAUUCCCCUCCUCAGUCGCUUCCGUCUGUCGGCAACAUCGUCACCGCCGCCUUUGGAUGCGUGGAUCGGCGCUGCUCCAGCUACCGUCACGCCGGCCGAUGAGGAGGACCUGACCCCUAUCGGCGGCGUGGACGAGGAGGAAGGAAAGAGCCUGGAAGAAGAGAUGACAGUACUGAGCGAAGCCAAGCAGGCAGAUCUCAGCGUUCGCUUCAAGAAGACAGCCGACGGCGUCUACGUCGAGGCCAAGCGCGGCGCUAUCGGCGGCAUCACGCAAGUGCCCUUGUAUUUCUAUGGACUGUUGCUUGCACUGGGUUGGAACGAGAUUUGGGCUGUCCUCCGCAACCCUCUCUACUUCAUCUUCAUGAUCCUCCUAAGUGUUGCUGCCUACGUGACGUACACGCUCAACCUUUGGGGCCCCAUGUUGCGCAUGAGCAACGCUGCGUCGCAGCAAGCGGUCGAGAUGUUCAAGGAGCGCCUGCGCGAGUUCCUUGAGAGCAACGAGACUGGCCGCCAGGCCAUGGGCAUGCCAAGCCGCACCAACACAACGGAGAGCAUCGGGCUGGACAGGCUCGAUAGCCAAGGCAAGAAGGCCGAGAACGAGGAUGAGGAUGACAUAUAG